AAAUACACGUUUUCAAAACAUUAUAAAAGCAAAAGCCAACAUUGCUACAGAAGCUUCAAACACAAUUGAAUGAUAGAAUAAACUAGUCAACGACCUAAGACAAAAAGACUAACUAUAUUUCGAAAUGGGCAAACUCACAACCUUGGGUGGCAAACUGAAAGACGAAGCAUCGCAAAUGAAACUCAACAUGGUUCAUUUGUGUGGCUCGGAGAAUGCCAAAACCAUCGACGUAGCUCUCUUAAAAGCCACGUCUCACACCUCACAGAAACCACCUUCGGACAAGUACGUCGCUUUCCUCCAAUCCACUGCUGACACGUGUUACGGUCCUGAUACCGUCGCUGCCAUCUUACAGAGGCUGCGUGUGACAACGGACGUGUGCGUGGCUGCUAAAUGUCUCAUUCUUCUCCAUAAGAUGAUUAAAUCGGAAUAUGUGUACAAUGGAGAAGAUAGUCUCGGCCGUGACAGUAAUAAUAAUAGUCACCGUGCUUUGAUCUAUAAUCAAGGAGGGAGUAAUCUUAAAUUGAAUGAUCUUAAUGUAUAUUCAUCUCGUUUUACUAGAGAGUUGUCUCCUUGGGUUCUUUGGUACAAACAAUAUCUAGAUUGUUACUUAAUAAUUGCGGAGGCGUUAGGCGUUACACCAAACAUAAAAGAUAGGUCGGAAGAUAAGCGUUUAGAAACUCAACGAGUCUCGUCUUACACAACCGAUUGCAUUUUCAAACAAGUUGAUUUCUUAGUGGAUCUAUUCGAACGUAUAAGUGAGAGACCAGAAGCUCCGAAAUCGAAACUCAACAUGAUCGUUGUCCAUAUGAUAGAACUAAUGGUACAAGACUACUUCUCCGUCAUGAGACUGAUGAAGAUACGGUUCGAGGAAUUGACCGAGAGAGUUGCUAAACCGUACGAGUUGGUUCCGGUUUUGGAGAGGCUUGAACAGUGUAAGGACUGUUUGAGCGAGUUUUCUUGGCGAAGCAAAUAUUUGGUUGAAGAUUUUUGGUGUUUGGUAUCGAAAUUGAAAGAUAUGUAACGUUUAGAUAAAAAACCAGUCCGGUCCAGUUCAGUUAGUAAGAAAAUUUUAUGUAUUUAUUGGCAUAGCUUAGUCCGUAAUCCUGGUGGUAUUCGUCUCUAUGGCAUUUGUUAUUUUACAUGACUAUAGUCGAUUCCAUGCAUAUAAAUUUUCAGGAAUUGGAUUACUA